UCAGAACCGUGGUGCAGAUCCCCAGGAGCUGGAGAGCGCGACGGAGGGUCCCCUGAGCCCCCGCAGCCGAAGCGCCUCCGCUACUGCGCUGCUCCCUUCGCCCUGGGCCAUCCCGGCCCCGCCAGCUCCCUCGCGUUUCUUCCAUUGAGACCGAGGUUCCCAGACUGCCCCAAUCGCCCUGCCACCCCGGUAUCCCUCUUGGAGAAGACCCCGAGGCAGCUGGGCCUGGAGCAUGUGCACCGCCCCUCGGACCUCUCGGUUCUGAAUUUCCCUACGGCGGGCUGCCCCGGGGGGCGGGCCCCGGCCCCAGCCUCCGUGAGGUCACUGCGUGCGGUAGCCAAUCCGCGGCGUCUAAGUGGGCGGUGCCACCGUCGGGUCCCGGGAACCGAACCCAAGAGCGAGACGAGGGGGGCCCCCAUGAAUUUAGGGGGGAGGGGAAAAGCCAUGGGGGGAACCCCUUCGGAACCCCUUUCCCAGGCGCGCGCUCUCCGCUGGAAAAGGCACAGAGAGACACUUUCCCCGGGAUCUUAAGUGUGCGGGAGGCUGGCUGGGGGGCUCAUCCGGUCCCAACGCCCGAGGUUCGGAAAAGAGAGAGUUGGCGGAGGGAGCGGACUACGUGCCGGACCAUGGCCUAGGCCCUUCGGCCCCGGCCCCGGCCCCGGCCGCGAUGACUUCUUUGCCCUGCUCCCUCCCUGGCCGGGACGCCUCCAAAGCCAUAUUCCCGGACAUCGCCCCUGUCCCAUCGGUAGUGGCUGCCUACCCGCUUGGCCUGUCCCCCGCAACCGCAGUCGCCUCCGAUUUGCCCUACUCUGGGCCGUAUGGCCACCUCCUGCCCUACUCCUACACUGCGCCGGCGACUCCGGGAGACUCCUACCUGCCCUGCCAGCAACCAGCGGCGCCUUCUCAGCAGGAGCCGAAGGCAGAUUCGGAGAAGCCGCCGCUGUCCCCGGAGCCCUCGGAGCAGCGCCCGCAGGCCCCGCCCAAGAAGCUCCGCAAACCGAGGACCAUCUACUCGAGCCUGCAGCUGCAACACUUGAACCAGCGUUUCCAGCACACGCAGUACCUGGCGCUGCCCGAAAGGGCCCAGCUGGCCGCGCAGCUCGGCCUCACCCAGACCCAGGUAAAGAUCUGGUUUCAGAACAAACGCUCCAAAUACAAGAAGCUCCUGAAGCAGAACUCUGGAGGACAGGAAGGGGACUUCCCUGGGAGAGCCCCCUCCUUGUCUCCCUGCUCCCCACCCCUCCCAUCCCUCUGGGAUCUACCCAAGGCAGGGGCCCUGCCCACCGGUGGCGGCUACAGCAACAGCUUUGGGGCCUGGUAUCAGCAUCACUCCCCAGAUGUCCUGGCUCCACCUCAGAUGAUGUGAGUCCCGGGAAGGGUGGGUCGGCCCCUAGUCCUCCACAAAGCCUAGGACCCAGCCCACCUGCACCCCUUCUGGUCCUGGCGGAAACCAGCUCCAGAUGGGUUUUCUCAAGAGGAAAAGGCGCUAGAGAAGAAAAAGGAUGUCUCCCUGUAACCCAAACAGCCUAAUCAAGGACUUUGGUCUUCACCACUGCCCCCUACCACUACCAUAGACUGGACACCUUCCCUCCAGCUGAUCGGAGGCUCUGGAGGGAGAGUCACUGGGUGAAGUGCAGACUCCUCACAGGACCGCUGGUCUUCCCAUCCCUUCCUUGGACUGCAGUCAACCGCCAGCCUGGAGGCAACACCAACAAGACACACUUGAGUGUUUUUUCCUCUUUGUGUGCUUUGCGCCUUGCCCAACCCUGUUCUGAGCAGAAGCGGAAGUGAAGUGGGCAUCCGGUGUCUUCAAGUCGACCACCACCGAGUCCCUCCCACCCUCCACCGAUUUUUCCUGGAGGUCAGCGCGUUACCCCCAUGACUGAUAGAUAAACUGCCUCACCCCCCUGGGACGUGGAAGCGAUGCUGAAAAUGUGGCUUGUGGACCUAUGGGUAAUUGAAGCUGUUCUAAGAAAGAAAAAAAAAAAGCCUUCUUUUUCCUGUGUCUAUUCAGUUUUAGGAGAUACUGGAUCUGAUUAUCCUUUUAAUUCAACGGGUAUUUAUUAAGAGCCUAUCGCCGCCUUUCCCACCCUUAAUACCCAUCAUCCCCACACUCACAUCCUCUUGGAAACCCAGUAGGGUGACACUUUGGGGAGAAUGGGGGACAAGCAGACUCUCUGGAUGAGUGUAAGGAGAGACACCCCCAAACAGGGAGGGUGGACUGGUAGUUCAGCUCCUCACUGCUGUCUCUGUCCGAGGGAACCGCUCCUAUUUAUAACCCAUCUAGCAUCCUCCACAUCAUGAGCUUUCAGAGAUUAAAUCUGUAUAAUAAACC